AUGGCGUCUUCUUUUGUAUCGUUAGCAGAGGCUACCGCCGUGAACAUAGUGAACGAUGAAAAGUUCGAAAAAGUCUAUGGAGUUUAUGAAAAUGCUAUCCGCAUAGUGGAGGAUGGACGAACAUGCGAAACAAUCAGACCAGGACUAUGGUCGCUUGGGUGUGCUUUGGGUCAUCACUCAUAUUCCUCUAGUAUUCAUCAAAUUCGAAUAAUGAAACAGUACGGAAUGGUGGUUAUAGGCAUUCGUUCUCGAAAUAUGCCAUUUCUGCCGGACCUAUCCAGUUAUGGUCGUUAUGAUGAAAAUCCGUCCAUACAUUGUUGGUGCUCAUAUGGUGGACGCGUCAGAAACGGCAGAUACGAAUCUGCUAAACUAACUGACUAUCAUGAAAAUAAAUGCGUAUUCACAUUAACAUUAAAUUGCGAUGAGCGUCGCUUAUCUAUAGUUAACGAAGACAAUCAUGAACAAGAUGAAAUGAAUGUUUAUGAAUCACUUGCUCCUUUUCCUUGGUGUCUGUUCGUUCAAAUUUCUAGGAUGGGCGGUCGUGUAUCGCUUUUAUAA